AUGGUCGACGGAAAGAGAGUAGACCACAAACUUCAAGGUUUAGCAGCACAGUUUAAAGAAAUGGACUUCACCAAGGAUAGUCUGACCCAGAGAUUUGAACAGCACAGCAAGGCUUUGGCAAGCCAGGCAGCCCAGGAUGAGCUGUGGAGAGCAGUUCUGGCCCCCAAAUUCACUUCAAUGGAACUGAAUAUUUUAUACAGCUAUGUCACUGAAGUUCUCAUCUGCUUGCACACUCGUGUGCUUGACAAGCUGCCAGACCUGGUGCGAGGUCUUCCCACCUUAACCUCUAUCCUGAGACGAAAAGUCAAGAACCAGCGCAUUGGAGUUGUGUGGGAGUCUGUCCUGGAGGAGUGUGGGCUGCAAGAAGGAGAUAUCACAGCCCUUUGUACCUUCUUUAUUGCCCAUGGCCACAGGGCAGAAUACUAUGGUGCUAAAGUGAGGCAGAUGUAUAUCAGGGAUGUCACUUUCCUAAUCACUAACAUGGUAAAGAAUCAGGCUCUGCAGGAUGGUUUGCUGAAGGCUGUUCAGAUCAUUGAGAAGGGAAAGGCAGUGAGGGCCCCUGAAGAGCAAAAGUCAUCGCUAAAAGAGUUGCUACCAUCAGUCAGAAACUAAUUGAUGACCAAGAGAUUCUACUUCUAGGAAUUUAUCUUGCAAAUGGGGGGAAAGAUGCAUGUACAAUUUAUUACAGGCUUAUUUUUAUAGCAAAAGUGAGGGAAGCCUUAAAUAUGAUAAAUUGAUACAAUGGGUACUUUUUGUGUAGCAAUAUUAGAGAAUGAAGAAGUUCUUUGUGUAAUUGUAAAAUGAUAUGGAGUUAUCACCAAGAUGUAUUGUUUUCAAAUA